AUGGGGGACUCGAUCAUGAGGGUCAUGACGACGGGAAAGUCUUUCAUAAUUCGGCGGGCGUCUGAGGGGGACUGUGAGCCCGCGGCACAGAUCAUACAAGAUUCCUUUGGCGACUUUUGGGCGUCCGUUGGGCAGCCAGAAAUCGCCUUACCUCCACGAGACGAAGACGACAUCGCAAAACAGAUGGUCACGUUCAAGGCGCAGCAUCCGAACGCGAUAGUUUUUGUAGCCAUGGCCGUCGAUGGCGAAGGCAACGAGUCGGAGAUGAUUGGCACCAACGGCAUAGACCUCCGUGAUGGCAUUGGGGGCAUCGGGGUGUUGUCAGUCGCAACAAAGAACCAUGGCCGUGGAGUGGGGAGGGCCCUGAUGGAGGUCGUCAUGGAGUCGUCGGAAAAGCGGGGUGGCAGGGGCGUGAGCCUGACAGUGAAUGCUGCCAACGUGCGGGCAUUUUCUCUGUACGCCAGCCUGGGUUUUCGCGUUGUGGAGUUUUGCGUCGAUGUCGAGGGCCGGGUUUCUGAUGAGGAAGAGGCGGCAAUCCUCGACAGGGCAGCAGCCCAAGGGCUGACAGUGCGGGAGAUGGUGGCAGAUGACGUGCCGCUUUGCGACCGCCUCUUCGCAAAGUCUUUUGGGUUCAGCCGUAUAAACGGCCUGCGGGAUUCCCAGGCGGGCAGGGACGGUUUUCAAGGCAAGACGGCGCUGGUCGUCACGAGGCGGAGUGCAUCCGGCGGGGAUGAAAUCGUUGGCUACACGACUCUGAUUUCCAUAACGGGGCACUACCUGGCAGAGAGCGAGGACGUCAUGCAGACCAUGGUGGCGUACGGAUCCAGGAUGUUGAAGUCGACCAGCAAACCCGCCAAGGCGUCGCUUCGUGUCAUGACGCACCACAACCCCGCGCUUCUCAUGUGGGCGAUGAAGGCAGGGUUGCGAGUUAAGAGCCAUUGGCUGUGGAUGUACAGGGGUGAGCCGUUUCAGCUUGACAAGAAAUUGGCUUACUGCCCUGAUUGGUAUUAUUAG